ACACCGCGGCCAGCCAACCGCGUCUGCAAGUUCGCAGGCUGCACCCACUACGUCGUGGACCACGGUCUUUGCGUCAGGCACGGGGGUGGCAAGCGCUGCAGUGCGGAGGGCUGUUCCAGCCGCGCCAAGCACUUCGGACGCUGCUGGAAACAUGGCGGAUCACUAGAGUGCAAGGCUUCUGGCUGCUCGAACCGCGCCAAGUCGCGCGGCUACUGCUGGUCCCACGGCGGCGGCACCAAGUGCAAGACAGAAGACUGCGAUAAGAUCGCCAUCUCCAAUGGCCUGUGCUGGGCCCACGGAGGAGGCAAGCGCUGCAUCGUGCCCGGAUGCCGGAAGCAGGCGUACGAGCGGACCUGGAACUACUGCAACAGCCACUUCCAGCAGUACCAGAAG